GCUCCUGACGGACUGGUGCUGGAGCAGAUGGAUAAUGGAGACUGGGGCUAUAUGAUGACUGACCCAGUCACGUUGAAUGUAGGCGGACACUUGUACACAACGUCCCUUACCACAUUGACACGUUACCUGGAUUCCAUGCUUGGAGCUAUGUUUGGGGGGGACUUCCCCACAGCCCGAGACCCUCAAGGCAAUUACUUCAUUGAUCGAGAUGGACCUCUUUUCCGCUAUGUCCUCAACUUCUUACGAACUUUGGAAUUGACCCUCCCCCUGGAUUUUAAGGAAUUUGAUCUUCUUCGGAAAGAAGCUGACUUUUACCAGAUUGAACCCUUGAUUCAGUGUCUCAAUGACCCUAAGCCUUUGUAUCCUAUGGAUACUUUUGAAGAAGUUGUAGAGCUGUCUAGUACUCGGAAGCUUUCUAAAUAUUCCAAUCCUGUGGCCGUCAUCAUAACCCAGUUAACCAUCACCACCAAGGUCCAUUCCUUACUAGAAGGCAUCUCAAAUUAUUUCACCAAGUGGAAUAAGUACAUGAUGGACACCAGAGACUGCCAGAUUUCCUUCACCUUUGGACCAUGCAAUUAUCACCAGGAAGUUUCUCUCCGGUUCCACCUGAUGGAAUACAUUACAAAGCAAGGUUUCACAAUCCGCAAUACUCGGGUGCAUCACAUGAGCGAGCGGGCCAACGAGAACACGGUAGAGCACAACCGGACUUUCUAUAGACUGGCCCGGAAAACAGAUGACUGA